AUGGAGGAGCCGCGGGACGGCGGGUUUGGAGGGGGCGGGGCGGUGCGGGAGCUGGUGCUGAUGCAGCAGGAGCGGCGGCGGCGGCGGGAGGAGGAGGAGGAGGAGGUGCGGCGCCAGAUGUUCGGAGGAGGGGCGGCCUUCCACGCGGCGGCGGCCGCGGCCGCGCUGGGCCAGCAGCAGCAGCAGCACCAGCAGGCGGCGGAGUACGCGGAGCUCGCGGCUGCGGGUGCCGCCGGAGGCGCGUUCUACGAGAGCGAGGCGGGCGGGUCGUCCGAGCCCGAGCCGCACGGGGCGUCCUCCGACCGCCCGCGCGGGGGCGGGGGGUCCGGCAGCAAGCGCACCCGCGCCGCCGAGGUGCACAACCUCUCCGAGAAGCGGCGGAGGAGCAGGAUCAACGAGAAGAUGAAGGCGCUGCAGAGCCUGAUACCCAAUUCCAACAAGACUGACAAGGCAUCCAUGCUCGACGAGGCCAUUGAGUAUCUGAAGCAACUGCAGCUCCAAGUACAGAUGCUGUCUAUGAGAAACGGCGUUUACUUGAACCCAUCGUAUCUGUCUGCAGCGCUUGAGCCUAUGCAAGCAUCACAAAUGUUUGCAGCACUUGGUGUCAGUGGGAGGAAUGUGGCGGCACCAAGCUCCGGGGCAGUAGCCCCGCCUGUAAACCAAAGUUCAGGAGCUCAUCAUCCAUUCGAUCCGAUGAAUUCUCCUCAACAAAAUCAACCACAGCCUCUUGUGUUACCAAGCUGUCCUAAAACAACCAUUUCAGAGCCUCCGUUUCACUUGGAGUCGUCACAGUCCCACCUUCAAUCAUUUCAGUUGCCUGAAUCCUCAGAGUUGAUGUUGCGAGGGGAUAUAAUGCUGAAACAUCACCUAACAUCAGCUCAGGACAGAGCUGAUCCAUCAGGAAACAAGAUGAACUCAUUAAGGCAAGAAUCAUCCAUGCUGAACACUCAUUUUGAUGGAUGCUCGCGUAGCAAAGAGCAGUCACAUGAUAUGGUACCAGCAAAUACACGGCAUGUGUAG